CUCUCUGGCAGGGAGAUGGCGGCAGCCCGGGUUGGUAUCUGCAGGACACACAGGAAGGGGCAGGAGCAGCUGGGAGCGGGGCGGGCUGGAGGAAGCAGGCGGCAGGACUUGGGGAGAACAAAGCCCGGAGAUCGGGCACGGGGCAGCCGGGGAGGGGCCGUUCUCCCGGGGGAACCAGCCCCGGAGCCAGAGACUCCAGGCUGGAGAAUGACGUCCGUGUUUCGCUCCAGCUCAUCCCGUCCUCCCAUGGGACAGGGGAGAGAAAUGGCUGCAGAGGAGCCAGUUCAGGGGCCGGUGACCUUCGAGGAGGUGGCUGUGUAUUUCACCAGGGAAGAGGGGGCUCUGCUGGACCCCACUCAGAGAGCCCUCUACAGAGAUGUCAUGCAGGAGAACUAUGAGAAUGUGACCUCGCUGGCAGGGUUUCCUGUUUCCAAACCUGAUGUGAUCUCCCAACUGGAACAAGGGGAGGAGCCGUGGGUCCUGGAUCUCCAGGGCUCUGAGGAAGGCGAGAUCCUGAGAGCUGUCUACGCAGGAGGUGCUGGGAUGGUGAGUGAGAACAAGGAGCUGAAUCCUCAGCAGGAAGAUGCUGAGCAAGUGGAAGCACAUGGGGGAUUAUUGCAAGGAUCCCAAGGGAAUGUGUCCAGGUGUCAUGUGAGGGGGAAAACCUGUGAGAGUCAGCACAGGCCAGAGAGGCAGCAGGGAAUCCAGCCCAGGGAGAAAGUGAGCAAAUCCAUUAAUUGUCAGGGGACUCACCAGAACUCCAAGGAAAUCACAGCCCAGCAGAGAAUACCCACAGAAGAGAGAAAAAACACAUGCACUGAGUGUGGGAAACACUUCACUCUGAUCUCCACGCUCAUUAGACAUCAGCGGAUCCACACGGGAGAGCAGCCCUACAAAUGCUGUGAGUGCGGGAAACAGUUCAGUGAGAAAUCAAACCUUAUUACACAUCAGACAAGCCACACAAGAGAGAGACCCUAUGAGUGCUGUGAGUGCGGGAAAAGCUUCACUCGGAGCUCUACCCUUACUAGACAUCAGAGGAUCCACACAGGAGAGAGACCGUAUGAAUGCUGUGAGUGCGGGAAAAAGUUCACUCUGAGCUCAUUCCUUAUUAAUCAUCAGAGAAUGCACACAGGAGAGCGACCCUAUACAUGUGGUGAGUGCGGGCAAACGUUCGCUCAGAGCUCAGCCCUAUUUAAACAUGAGAAGAUCCACACAGGAGAGCGCCCCUACGAAUGCUCUGAGUGCGGGAAACAAUUCAUUGAGAAAUCAAAAUUUAUUAAACAUCAGAAUAGCCACAUGGGGGAGAGACCCUAUGAAUGUGGUGAGUGCAGGAAACAGUUCAGUGAGAAAUCAAGCCUUACUAAACAUCAGACAAACCACACAGAUGAGAGACCCUAUGAGUGCUGUGAGUGCGGGAAAAGCUUCACUCGGAGCUCAUCCCUUAUUAGACAUCAGAGGAUUCACACAGGAGAGAGACCAUAUAAAUGCUGUGAGUGUGGGAAAAGGUUCACUUUCAAAUCAAACCUUAAUAUACAUAAGAGGAUCCACACAGGAGAGCGCCCCUAUGAAUGUUGUGAGUGCGGGAAACAGUUCACUUGGAGCACAGCCUUUCUUAAACAUCAGAGAAUCCACACAGGAGAGCAGCCCUAUGAAUGCUGUGAGUGUGGGCAAACGUUCCCUCAGAGCUCAGCCCUUCUUAAACAUCAGAAAAUCCACACAAGAGAGAGACUUUAUGUGUGCUGUGAGUGUGGGAAAAGCUUUACUCGGCGCUCAUCCUUUAUUAGACAUCAGAGGAUUCACACAGGAGAGAGACCGUAUAAAUGUGAGUGUGGGAAAAGCUUCACUUUCAAAUCAAACCUUAAUAAACAUCAGAGGAUCCAUACAGGAGAGCGCCCCUACAAAUGCUGCGAGUGUGGGAAACAGUUCAGUGAGAAAUCAAACCUUAUCACACAUCAGACAGGCCACACAGGAGAGAGACCCUAUGAGUGCUGUGAGUGUGGGAAAAAGUUCACUCAGAGCUCAGGCCUCUUUCAUCAUCAGAGAAUGCACACAGGAGAGCGCCCCUAUACAUGCUGUGAGUGCGGGAAAAAGUUCACUCAGAGAUCAGGCCUUAUUAAUCAUCAGAGAAUCCACACCGGAGAGCGACCCUAUGAGUGCUCUGAGUGUGGGAAAAAGUUCACUCAGAGCUCAGGCCUUAUUAAUCAUCAGAGAAUCCACACAGGAGAUCGCCCCUACACAUGCUCUGAGUGUGGGAAAUCGUUCCCUCAUAACUCAGGCCUUAUUAAACAUCAGAGGAUCCACACAGGAGAGAGACCCUAUGAGUGCAGUGAGUGCGGGAAAAGUUUCACUGAGAACUCAUCCCUUACUAGACAUCAGAGGAUCCACACAGGAGAGAGACCAUAUGAAUGCUGUGAGUGUGGGAAAAGGUUCUCUUUCAAAUCAGACCUUAAUAACCAUCAGAGGAUCCACACAGGAGAGCGCCCCUAUGAGUGCUGUGAGUGCGGGAAACAGUUCACUUGGAGCACAGGGCUUACUAUUCAUCGGAGAAUCCACACAGGAGAGCGACCCUAUACAUGCUCACGACUCCAUAAUAAUGAACUGCUGUUGAGUGAAGCAGGUUUGAAUGGAUCAGAGGAGAAGGCGACGGGGGAAUCUGCUCUCCUGAUUUUUGAGUCAUCAGAUGUAACCUGCUCUGGAAUUUCAUUUUAUAUGAAAGAGAAAGUGACUUAUACCGCUUUGUUGCGGGUUUUUCUCUCUCUCCUGAAGGCCAUUUGGUCACAUAAUUGAAUAUUAGUUCAAAGAACCUAAGCAGUCAGAUCCAUACCAUUAAAAUUCUGUGUAUUAAGGUCUGUAUCUGUAUUAAGGUAUUUGUCCUUGGAAGCCACUGGGAGAAGGUUAGCCACAUACUGGUGAGAUCUAAGGUAGAAGCUCUGAAGUUGUGGCUUAAAUGUGAACAAUAUAUUGGGCUUAUUGUUGAUAUAUUCAAGUGGCUGAGUGUGGAUCGCACGGCCUGAGUGAAGUUCUCUGACUGGGAUUAAUAACUAAGUGGACAGCUGCCUCCUCGGUUCCUGUUUCAGGAUUUAACAAGGGUUCAUUUUCUGCUGUAUUGUUGUGAUAAUUUGGCUAAAGUGAAGACUUGAUUCCAAAGCAAGAUCGUUGUUUACUGACUGAUUUUUUGAUCUGACCUGAACGUGAUCACUGUAUUGUGUACUCGAGAGCUAGCUGAGUGGUGUCACAAAUAAAUUAGGUUUAGUGA